AUGUCAUACAGUACGGUCCCUGAUGAGUCGACUUACGAUUCCCGCAUCCAGCGGCCUCUGUUGCAGGCGCCCGAAAAGGUACGACAGUGUCCGCACUGCUCACGAGAGUUUAAGAAAAACGACCACUACGACCGUCAUGUCCGCUCCCAUACGAAUGAAAAGCCCUAUGGCUGCAGGACCUGCGGGAAGUUCUAUCCUCGCCGGGACACAUUGUUGCGCCAUUUCAAGACUCACGAAGUGACACGAGGCAAGCAAAGGGCUGCUAGGAUCGCCAUCAGUGAAGCUCACCCAGAUGCCUCCCCACCCGCAGCCUUGGAGCAGGCCGCACACGCGUCGAGUAUAGCUCUGCCUCCCAAGCCGACCUUGAGAUCAAAUUUGCCUCCUGCCGACACCGUCGUCGACACCACCGCCCCAAAUGAUCACGAUGGUAGUAUGGUCGUCCGUCCUCCGUUCGCGGGGUUCCAACAUGAAAUGAUCAUCAACCCGAAUGUCUCAAUCGCCGACUCUGGGUCGCAGCCUUUGGGACAUUGGUUUGGUGACGAAUUGGCCCAAAUGUCAGUGCCGUCAUCAUCCACAGAUCAAAGGGCAAGUUUCGACGCCUUCCCCGGCCACCAACUUACAAGCAUAGAGUCCUCUGUACUAGAUGGAUUUGCUCUUAAUGAUCCGCUCCUUCAGUUUGACGCCACAAACUGGCUUCUAGACGAGGACUUUGUCGACAUCGAGAAUGUGGGUUCUUCAUUGUAUGAAGCACGUCCACUGAGCGGCCAACCACACCUGAAACCAGCACCUUUGUCUUCGACCAGAGGGAGUGAUAGACCUCCAUCGGUACUCGAUCUACGACGCAUGUGGUUUCUCCAAGUCCGGAGUCACAUUGGAGUAGAAACAGAAGUGCAAGCCGUUAGCACGGAGAGGAGCGAUAUUGACGAGAAUUACCAUACGCAAAUGGUUGAAGAACUUCGCACACCACUACCCAAUGAACCAUUGCCAUCGGUUGAUCUUCUGAACCUCUGCAUUCACUUUUUCUUCACCCGCUUCAAUGUCGCGUUACCCCUCAUACACGGUCCAACCUUCAGACCGAGCGCGAGCAGCACCAUGUUCGUCCUGUUGAUAUGCGCCGCAGGAGCAAUGACAAUGACAUCUGACGCUGCCACACGAAUAGGGGCAAGGCUCUUUGAACGCGUCAUUAGAACUGGAGCCGUUGUUCCAUGGGAAAGGCGACUUUUACAGCACCCUCAUCUGAUGCGUGAUAAUAUCAGAGGAGCAGCAAUUGGCCAGACUUUUGCCCUCUUGUCAGGUGAUCCUGCUCACCGUACGAUCGCCGAUGCCUAUCAUGGGACACUGAUUUCGCUUGCCCGUUCCGUCAGCCUCUUUACCGAAACCCCCGAGUUCGGUCCCAACGAGAUGGUCUUAGGAGAUGAUCUUGAACGAGUAUGGAAACGUUGGGCUCGUUGCGAAGAGAUGAGACGCGCAGUUGUAAUAUUGCAUAUUCAGGAUGCUGAAAUUACCGCUCUCUUCCACCACGAACCGACUUUCCGACACAAUGUAAGCCGCUUACCACCACUUGCACCCGCAGAGCUCUUUCAAGCACCGACCGCCACAAUAUGGGCGAUGAAGUACAGAACGUGGCGGAGGAGCUGGCAAGAUCAAGCAAGCGUAGCUCUCGGAGAAGACACAAACCACUUAUCGAUGCUGAACUCUUGGGCGGUACUUUCUGGGAUAGGCGCUACUAUUUGCGAAUCUCGACACCUAAAAUUACUCUCUGCGGAACGUAUAACGGAGUUUCAAGCCGACCUUUUGAUGUGGUAUUCUUCACCCCAGAAUUGCUGCCAGAAAAAAGAAUGUCGAAGCCAAAGACAACCGGAGCUUCCAUUCUGCUUAAGGCCGCUAUGGCACCAUACAUUUAUGGUUCUUACGACAGAUUUCAACGCUCUGGAGCUGGCGGUGGGCAGGCAAGGCACCGAUAUCGACGCUUCAACAUUAAAUCAUGUUAGAACCUGGAUCUGCUCACCAGAAUCUAAACGUUGCCUCCUUCAUGCCAUGUGUCUUCAGAAUAUGGUUGCCUCAACAACUGUAGGCUCAGCAGAUGCCGUUCACACUGCCAGAAUCCUCUUUUCGGCUGCUCUAUGUUGGUAUUGUUAUAUGCUCUACUUACCUUGGUGUUCGGCCUCAGUCGGAUCGGAUGCACAUCUGUUGACCGAUAAGACAUCCGAAUAUCUGAUGACGUUGCCGGAAAUUCGGCUGUUACGAGAGAACAGGAGUGUUAUAGAGACACGGCCAGGUAUUCUGGACCAGGCCAUCGCGGAUCUGAAGGCAAUACUCGUCGCAAACACAGCGGUAAUGAAAGCUAGCACUUUAUGUGUACUCGAGUCGACUCUUCGACGACUUGGAACGAGUGGUAUCUCACGAAAGUUUGCGGACGUAGUCCAGGCCUUCGUCUCCGGGCAGACAGAAUGA